CCUGGUGCGCGCGCGGGCGCGCGUGUUUGUGUGUGUGUGUGUGUGUUUCCCCUGCCGCGGGGAAAUGGCUGCUGUCGCUCCUUCUGGGCCCGCCGAGGAGAAUGAGACUAAUAGGGAUGCCAAAGGAAAAAUAUGAUCCUCCAGAUCCUCGCAGAAUUUAUACCAUCAUGUCAGCAGAGGAGGUAGCCAAUGGGAAAAAAUCUCACUGGGCAGAAUUAGAAAUCUCGGGUAGAGUGCGGAGCUUAAGUACAUCACUUUGGUCAUUGACACACUUGACAGCGCUGCACCUAAAUGACAAUAACCUUGCUCGCAUUCCACCUGAUAUUGCCAAGCUUCAUAAUCUGGUUUACCUGGAUCUGUCAUCCAAUAAACUCAGAAGUUUACCAGCAGAACUAGGAAACAUGGUGUCUCUCAGGGAAUUGCUUUUAAAUGACAAUUAUUUACGGGUUUUGCCUUAUGAACUUGGCCGGCUCUUCCAGCUACAAACUCUAGGUUUAACAGGCAAUCCUUUAUCACAGGAUAUUAUGAGCUUAUACCAGGACCCAGAUGGAACCCGAAAGCUACUGAACUUCAUGCUUGACAAUCUUGCAGUUCAUCCAGAGCAGCUUCCUCCGAGGCCAUGGAUUACAUUAAAAGAACGAGACCAAAUUCUGCCAUCAGCAUCAUUCACGGUUAUGUGUUACAAUGUGUUAUGUGAUAAAUACGCUACCCGGCAGCUAUAUGGCUAUUGCCCGUCCUGGGCAUUAAACUGGGAAUACAGAAAAAAGGGAAUUAUGGAAGAAAUUGUUAACUGGGACGCAGAUAUCAUUAGUCUUCAGGAAGUGGAAACAGAGCAAUACUUUACUCUAUUUCUGCCAGCAUUAAAGGAUCGUGGAUAUGAUGGAUUUUUUUCUCCAAAGUCACGUGCCAAAAUUAUGUCUGAGCAGGAAAGAAAACAUGUGGAUGGUUGUGCAAUAUUCUUCAAAACGGAAAAAUUUACAUUGGUGCAGAAGCAUACAGUGGAAUUUAACCAGGUAGCAAUGGCGAAUUCAGAUGGAUCCGAAGCAAUGCUGAACAGAGUGAUGACAAAAGAUAACAUUGGCGUUGCUGUGGUAUUAGAGGUUCACAAGGAACUCUUUGGAACAGGUAUGAAGCCUAUUCAUGCUGCAGACAAACAGCUGCUUAUAGUGGCAAAUGCCCACAUGCAUUGGGACCCAGAGUAUUCUGAUGUGAAACUUAUUCAGACCAUGAUGUUUGUCUCAGAGGUUAAAAACAUUCUGGAGAAAGCCUCAAGUAGGCCUGGCAGCCCUACCGCAGAUCCUAAUUCCAUCCCGCUGGUGCUAUGUGCAGAUCUUAACUCAUUGCCAGAUUCAGGUGUUGUGGAAUAUUUAAGCAAUGGAGGAGUAGCUGACAACCAUAAAGACUUCAAGGAAUUAAGGUACAAUGAGUGUCUUAUGAACUUCAGCUGUAGUGGAAAGAAUGGAAGCUCAGAAGGAAGAAUAACCCAUGGCUUCCAACUUAAGAGCGCCUAUGAAAAUAACUUGAUGCCUUAUACCAAUUACACCUUUGAUUUCAAAGGUGUGAUUGACUACAUUUUCUAUUCCAAGACUCAUAUGAACGUGCUUGGUGUCCUGGGGCCUUUAGAUCCUCAAUGGCUGGUUGAGAACAACAUCACUGGGUGUCCACAUCCUCACAUCCCUUCAGACCACUUCUCACUGUUAACACAACUUGAACUCCACCCUCCACUCCUGCCUCUUGUCAAUGGUGUUCACUUGCCUAACCGGAGGUAGUGGAGUAUAGCCCCGCCAAGACGGGGAUCUGUUGCUAUGGACCUGUACAGUUGUAAAUCAAAGUAUGUAGGAGUGAAGUAUGGCCGUCCUUAAGCUGCUGCUUCAGGUUCCUUUCAUUAUGUGUUUGCUAUAAGACUUUGUAUGUUUUUUGUGCAUAUUGAUACCAUUUGGCACUAGGGCUGGAACCAAAGUAUUACUGUCUGUCUCUAUCCAAAAGUUUAAUAUACUUUAAAAUUGAAUUUCUUUUCCUCCUAUUACAUUAGAAAACAGCAUUCACAAUUGGUAAAUCAGUAAUUUGAGGUCCAACACCAGUGUUGUUCUCUAAAAACAAAUACAUUCUUUGGAAUUAUUUCAGAUAAGCCAAUCAUUUUUCUAAAAAGUGAUUUUUACAAACUCCAAAUACAAGACUUUGAAUAGAAUGAUGGCAUGCCUUAUAGGAAAAACUUUGGAGUUUCUGUUUUCCUUCGUAACAAGCUGAUUUUUGGCUCCCAAGUCCUUUGCACAUUAACAAAGCACUUAAAUUUGCUUGAUUUGUACAUUUAAUGUGAUAUAGUCAUUAGCCAUAACAAGACAAUUUGAGAAAUGAAAAUAAUUGCACAAUAUGCUCUCAAAAAUCAAGCAUAGUAUGUGACAGUUUGUUGGCCGAAUGCUGGUUAUUUUGUUUGAGGGAUCCCUUCCUUUUUUUUUUUCUUCCCUUUUUUGGUCUGCCUAUUAGUUGUAAUCUUUUUAGAAAUAUUAACUCUAAGCCUGUCUCUCCAGUUCAUUUUAUAAGGAAAUAGCAGAUAUAUACUGCCAUACAUCUUGAAAGUAGAAUUUGGUAUUUUUAGGAUGCCCACAAAAUUAGUGUCUGGUAUUUUUCAUGUUCACUCUUCUUUGCUGUCUGGUUGUAUUGGAAAAAGAUAUGAUCCAUAUCAUCUUUACCACUACAGUUUAAUGUUUAAAGAAGAUUGCUGAAUGAAAAGCCCCGGAUCAAAAUUUCAAAAUGGAAAAGCCAUAUAUUACACGUGUUUUCCAAAAUAAGUUAAAUGGCUGUUUUGUUUGUUUGUUGUUUUGUUUUUUCUUUUUGUUUUGAGGUAACAUUAGAGAGGAUUUUGAGGAGAGGACAGAUUUGGGGAAGUAGUUGAAAACUUUGGAUUUUUUUUUUCUGACUCUAGCUGCCAAAUGUCCAUCAUAUGCUUUUAAUCUUUGUUGCCAUAUCUGUCUAGAUUUGAAUUAAGCUACUGGUUUAUUCCCACAGUUUAAUGCCUCUAGAUGUAUUGGAAGCCAACCCCCCUUUGUUGCUGGCCCAGAGGGGCCACUUGAAAAUCUGACUUGAGAGGCAGAGAGCAUAAAUGCCAUUUUUGUGGGGAGAAAAUUAGUUGGCUGCUUGAUGUUAAUUAUGGCACAGUAACAUUGGAAAAGGUUGUGUCUGUGUUUUUAAGUUUUUCUUUAUUCUGCUUUUUUGCUGCUAUAAGAGUUUUCUGAAAUUUAUAUUUUAAACUUUUCAUGCACUUUACUGUUUCUAGUAUCAAAAUGUGAUAUUUUUAAUAAACAAGAAAUUUUCCAUUAUGUGAAUGAAAUUUUAAAAGAAAAUAGCCUAUAUUUGUGUCUCACUAAUAUAUAAAGUACAAGUCAAAUUUAAAUUAUUUAAUUAGUUUUAAACAUAUACAAAUUGUCUCUUCUUUCAAACCUGACAUCUUAGGCUGUUUUAUUAGUCUUAAAUGAUACAUUUCCUGUGGUUAUUUUAUACUAAUUUCUUCCAUAGUUUACUGAUCAGGCUACAUAAAAUAAUAUUUCCCCAAAGGGUAAUUUUAGUGGGAUGAGGGGUGGUGGGAUGAUGUAAUAUCACACAGGAUUGCAUCCAGAAGAGCUCUGUAAAGCCUAAACUCCCUUUUAAAAGUGCCUAGUGACGGAGGCGAUGUCAUCUAUUGUAAUUGGAAUGUCAUUGUAGUUCAGCAAAGUUUGAUGUAAAUAAAAUAUUCUUUCAAAAAUGUCAAAGUACCUGAAUAAACAAGUAGAAGAAACCCUUGAUGACAGAUUUUCCUCAGUGUUCAGGUAUCCCUUCUUAUAUACCUCAAGCAUCCAACAUCUAGCCAUGCAAAUUGAUUAUCUGAAGCAUAGUACUGGAAAGUAGAAUAGCAUGAAAAACUUAAUUUUGUGGACAUUACCUUUUUUUUUGUAAUCUGCUACUGUAUGUUUAAUUUUAGAUCUUUUGUUUUGGGUGGGUUUUCUGCUCUGGAGGUAUAUGCACUAACAGAACAUUCUUCUUUCAUAGACGCAUGUUAAUUAGCCAUGUGAGCAAUAUUUCCUACCAUACUUCACUCCCGAUAUUUUUUGAGAUGUUUGUAUAAAAUGAAAUUUAAAGUUCACUUAUGAUUGUAUAUGAACCACAGAGGAGCCCAUUUAUUAAUAAAAAUCUUUUUUAAUAGUUAAAUGUAGAGGGGAAAAUAAAAAAAUUGGGAAACAUUGUAAACAGCUUAAGUUUAUUUUCUGUAUGAUCGAGGCACUCUGUUGCAAGAAGGUGUGUAAUUGGGUCUCUCUGCUUCCAAAUGCACUCUUUCAAACCAUUCAUUAUCCUGUGUAUUUUAAUGUGGUUUUCGUAAAUGUUGGUAGUAGCUCUGUUGAAGUAGGUGAUUGUGUUUUGUUUUGGGUGGCACACACCUAGGGCAUGGUAACCCAAUUUUCAUGUGCACGGUUUCCCUUUAGCCUCUUGCCCAAAUUUCACACAGUUUCCCCUUUGUUCCCUUUGUAAAAGGAGUGGUAUCUUGUUUUGAGCUGCCAGUUCAGAUGAUCAGAAAUGCUGCUGUCCUCAGCAUUGUCUUGUUAAAUGCAUGCCAUUUGGAACUUUGGCAGUGAGAAGCCCAAAGGACAGGGUGAAUGACAUGGUAUAUAUUCAAAUGAAUUAUAUGCUCAUAUACUUUCUAGUUCUCAGAAUAAGUUAAUAAGCUUUAUGCCAUUGGGCUGCUGCAUAUUUUAUCUGAUGAUAAAAGAAAAUUUGGGCAUUUUUAGAUUGUGCUAUGUAUUUUUUAACUGUUACAUAUGAUUUCUAGUAAUUUUCUUAAGAACUGGAGUAUUAAGUUUAUUAAAACGGUGUUGUUUGAGGCAGGGGAAACUGCACUGUUUGCCAUUAUAACAGUCAUACAAGUGCAUGUCAAGUCACCCACUGUCAAGCAUCAGUAUCCUCCUCAUAGCUUUAUACACUUUGAUGGGGAAUAUUGCAGCAUCCUCAGGACUGACAUCUGGAAAAGGCUCAAAUCCACUUACUGCUCCUUGCUUGUUGACUUUGUUUUACAAUAUUGUGCCUGGUGUCAACUCUUAAGCAACAGCACUGCCGCCUAAAAGCAAGCAGAGAACAGAAUCCCAGCACCAUUCUGUAGGCAACUUUUUAGAAUUCAGAUACAGUAGAUCUGUUCAAGAUUUAUGAUGUUUUAUGUAAAAAAAUUUUGUACAACAUAGCUGAAUAUUUUUGUUUGAUUUAUUUGAUGUAAGGCGUGUGAACAUUCAUUUGAAUAUCACAUGUUAAAGUCAGGUAUGGCACAAUGGGUUCUGAGACCAGCUUUCCCCACCCUCCCAUUUGCCUUGUUGGAAUCUCUUUAUUUUCAAAUUACGUUUCUGAUAUUCAUAGGCAGAUAUUUAAUUUUACUAAUACGCAUCCUGUGUGAAUGUAUUUUAAAAGCCACUAUGUUUUAGUGUUAUAGUUUGUAGAAAUAUGAAAUUUACUUAUCUUUUUGGGGGUCGUCUUAAAGUCAUAUAUCACUGAGACGAGAGAAAGUUGAAAACUAAGACUAAUAUCGCUUGAAUCUGUGGCAGAUUAUGUUAAAAUUGAGGGUGUGGCAUAUUAAACCUAGAACAUGGACAAAAUUGUGCUCCAUUUAAAAACUCUGUCUCCUGAGUAUGUCUUGUCAAUAGGUAAAAUUUUAAGUCUGUAUUGUAUUUCUGAGACAUCAUAAAAAUCACAGCUCCCGCCUGUACACUGAGUAGCAGAUAGCAAAGAGAAGGGGGAGUGCACGCAUUGAAGGAGCCCGGAGCACAGAGCUUCAUUUCUAACAAAGUAGAUUUCCUCGUGAUAAAAAUUGACUUCAUUCUCAUUGAUUUAAAUUUUCAUCUUUUAUAGUUUUAGUUUCUAAAAUAUUUUUAAUAGUUUUGUAAAGCAUACUAACUGGUUGGUAGCGUCAGUCACAGAAAACAUGAAUUGUAUUAUGGUAUUGGUCCUAUAGCAAGCAAAAUCUUUGUCACAUGUUCAGAGUAACCAACAUUUUGACUGAAAUGUGAGCUGUAAUGUGUGUAAGCUUUUUGUUUAUCACCAUAAAACCCAAAGUAACACCUUUCUAAUGUGUUAGAAGAUUUCCAUUUGGUUUGUGUCAUAUUUGUGUGACUUUUUGUCUAUUAGAAGUAAAUAAAUUAAGUAGAGAAGUUAGACUUAUUUUUCUAAAUCAGGAACUUCAACUGAAGUUUUGAGUUUGUAGACAGAAGACAACAUUUAUGUUUAUGAUUGCUCUGGAUGAUUUUAAUUCUGUAAUUGCACUGCAAUUCCCCAAUUUAAAUUGAAACACAAGUAAAUGCUACUACAUCUUUAACCUGCUCAUUUACCAAAGUUAUAGCCUGUCUAAGAACAGGAUGUCAAGAGCAUCUUUCAUACUUGACACCCUUGGGUGUUCUGAGCAAGAGCCGCAGAAAGAGGAGAGUGGGAAGGGAAGAAGAACAAGAAAGGUGGGAACCUGCUGAGCGUGAUGAUAAGGAAGAACAUGUGUGCUUCUUACUUCAGCAAAUGCAUUCAUGGAUAUGUCUCAGUUAAGGGCCUGUAGGAAGAAACAGCACUUCCUGAAAAGUUUUAAUAAUUAUUUCUUUUGGCAUAAGUUUGGUUUAACUUGGUUUAUGCUAGACUUGAUUUAUUCUUGGAUCCAAAGGAGAAACUAAAGUACUUUUUAGUAAGAUAACUUUUAAAGGAUGUGAAUUGAGGACAUGCCUAUUAAAUGUUGAUUUUUUUUUAUGGUACAGCCUAUAAAAUAAAUAACAUUGAGCUGAAAUUGUAAGUAUACCAUCAGAAAUCAUAUGCCUCUUGGCAUGGUAGCAUGUGUAUUUGCCUUUCAGAAUAUUUCAAAAGCUAUCAUUUGGUACCUCUUACUGGUUAUUUUCAUUGGCAAGUUCCCUGAGUUUAAUUUCCAUGUUUAUGUAUAUGUCACUUUUCAAAGCAUAGGAGUUAUGGUAGCCCUCUUUAAAAAGUGAUCCUUUCUUGCUCGUUAUUUUAGAGCACUGACAUAUUUUCUUAGCUGUCAGUUGUUUAGUGUACCACAUUUGUUUAAUCUGUGUGUAGUUACUUGAACUCAAAAUAUUGGCUCAGCAUUGGUGUGCCAAACAAUGGCUUUGCUUCUUAUCAGACAGACUUAGUGUCCUGCUACUGUUUCAACCUUAGUGCGGUAAGUGAUUCAGUGUGUGGGUUGCUCUUUAUUCAGAAACUGCUCUGUCCUUUUUUCUAUGCUUAAUUUACUAAAAGUAUAUUCCCUUACCUGUGAAAUUCCUGAGCGGUGCUCUGCCGACAUUUGAGAGCAAGAGUUUGGAUGGCUGUUACUGCACACUGGAUCUGGAAUUGUUCAGUGUUGAGUGGCAGAUCUCUUAAACACCAGCAGCACUGACAAGUGCACUAUGGGCAUUCAUACAGUUGUCCAAAUGCAAGCAGUUCUUUCAUCAAGGAGAAGCUGAGGUGUCGGGUUAAAUAGGAAUACUUGGAGUAUUUCAAGGACGGCAAAUGCUUAACCACGUUGUUUCUGAAUUGGAGUAGCGCUUUUUUUUCUUUUUCUUUUUAAAGAGAAAAAAAUGUAUACAUUAAAAAGGCCAGGAUAUUUGAUUAUAUUCACAAGAGAUUAAGUUGUAUCUUACUUUCAACUGUAUAAGUGCCAAGUAAUUUUCUGUGGACUUUCUACCCUUCUACUCGGUUUACCAUUUGAGUAGGGAAGGGAUUAUUUAUUUUUAUUUCCUGGCAUUAAGUUGACUAAUUUAUUACUUUGCAUACACUUGAGUUAUUCUGUGGCCUAUAUAGUGUUUUUGUAACUAUUAAAUGGUCUAAAAGCAAAGCACAUGAUCAUAAAACUAAACAGGUUGUUUUGAUAGUUUCCCCCAUGAAUACAUGGUAAUUUCUAUUAAUAUCAUUCUAAGCAAAUUAUACUGUUUUAAGUUGUAUAUUUAUUUUUAUCCUAAGAAAAAGCCAAGCACCAACUCAUCGUGUUCUGGUAAUCAUUUACAAUCUAAGCUUUUCUCUUUAUUUUUUUUAUUAGAGAAUUUAAUGAAGUGCCAUGUAAUUGUAGGUUAUUAGUAAUUAAUGUUUGAUAGACUGUUCUGUGAUAUUCUAGACGUUUAACUCUUUCUUGUCAUCGCUGGAGAAGAUGGUUCUACUCUCAUUCUCUCUGAUAAAAUCACCAGCUGCUUUAUUUUUCUAUUUAUUAAACAGUUGAUAAGGUCUGGAUCUUGACUGAACUGCUCAGCUGAGAUGUUUUUCAUAGUAGACACUAUAGAAGAUGUGUGUGAAAAAGGACACAGUUGGGUGGUGGUAUUCUUUUUCAUUAAUGUGAACAUUGACUAAACAAAGCAGUCCUGCCUUUUAAAUCUUGUGGCAGCUCAGAAGGGAGGUGCUUAAGAACCUUAACUAUUAUGUCAGAUGACAAAUAUUUUUUUCCAUUUCGGAGAUUGGGUACUGCUCACACAUGAUGUAUAGGGCUAAAUAUAUGCUUGUUUCCUUGCACCUGUGUACUCUCCCCUUCUCUCCCACUUUUCCUUCCCCUGUAGGCAAUAAAUGGCCAUUUUGCAACUGCA